UCCAAACUCUCCAAUGACCCAGCUAGAAAAGCUGUUGAUGGAGCAGCAAGGACUGACCUAACUGAGGAAGCCAGGGAUUGACGCAACUGGCUGACAUAUGUUCCUUCAACCAUUUCCACUGGACUUGAGUUCAGUUCCUAUUGAUGAAAACAAUGGGGGAGGGGACCUUGUUGCCCACUUCCCCAUUGCAACUCCCUAGUUGCUCUGAAGGACAUCUUUGCUGCUUCCCUCCAAAAGGGCCAUUCUCCCUCCUCAAAAAAAAACAAAAAAAAAAAAACACCAACGUAAAGGGAGGAAGGUUGUGGGUUGCGAUUUUUUUGUUAGCCAUGGGAAGGAAGUGCUUCUGUGGGAAGACAGAACCCAACAUAAGGGACACCAGCAAGAUGGUGUCAAACAAGCUGAAGGACAAGGCUAUCUGAAGCUGGCCUUGGUGUUCUUUGCAUAUAGUGAAAUGAAGAGAAAGAAGUCCCCUUCAGAAUAUUUUCCCAUUCAAAACACUCUGGAAGUCUGUGGUCCUGAUACUCAGAGGUCAAAGUCAGCAGCUUAUAGCAAUUCUGACUACGGUGUGUCACACACCAUUGGAGCACACACACACACACCCCUACAUACCAUUUCGAUUUGAGCAACAUGCGCCUAGGAUUGAAUCCUGUCAGUGAUCAUAUAUGUAAAUAGUCAUUUCAAACAUAGAAUAAAGGCUACUCCGAGAUUUAUUAUGCAGAAACUCGCACCCAGGGUUGAAAUAGCCUGGAUCCGAAAUCUACUUUUUUGGGUGGGAGGGAAGGCGAGGAGGGGGGGAGAAUUUCUCUUUCUCUCCUCCAGCCCGUCCCUGUCUUGCGCAAAAGAAGCCUGGCGCUGGUCCCGUCCCAUCCCACCCGGUCCCAUAAUUUAAGCCCGGGGGGUAAGGAAGCUACGAGAGCCUGCAGGGGUGGGUGGGGAGGAACGGGUCCGGUGGCUGACUGGCUGGCUGGCUGGCUGGCGCUGUGGCCCCCCGGCCGGGCUGCAGGGGGAGCAGCAGUGGCGGGCGGCGCGACUCGGCGGCGGCGGCGGCCGCGGCGGCGCGGGGAAGAUGGCGGCCGCAGCUCAGGCGCUGAGCUGCUCCGGGCUGCUGCUGGCCGCCGCCGCCCUGGCCCUGCUGACCGUGGCCAUCGGCACCGACUCCUGGUAUGAGACCGACGCCCGGCGACACCGGGAGCGCUGCCGGGGUUUCGGCCACAAGCGCAACGCCAACAGCAACGACCCGCCGGGUUCCAUGUCAGCGCCCAGCCCGCAUCUUCCACUCCGCGCCCGACCGCCUCGGGCCCUGGUGGCCGGCCAGACUCCGCCAUCGGCUCGGCUCCCGGUUGCUGCGGCUGCCUUGGAAUCGCAGUGCGGCCGCCGCUUCAACUCCACCGUCUCCGGCUUGUGGCGGCGCUGUCACCGCGCAGGCUUCGAACCCGAGAGCGAGGAGCUUAUCCGGAAAGGUGCGGAGGGCAACGAGCGAGCGACGCGCCCCAUUCCGUGGGCAGGAGUCAUUCAACGAUGCACAGCUGUGAAAUAUCAUUACACAUCAUCUUCCCUGCCACGCAACUUGCCUAUUAAUGUUACAAAUACCAUCCGCCAGGAUGAGUGGCACGCUCUCCACCUGCGGAGAAUGACAGCUGGCUUCAUCGGUAUGGCGGUGUCCAUAAUCCUCUUUGGAUGGAUCAUUGGCAUGCUGGGUUGCUGUCAACAGCAUGAGCUCAUGCAAUAUGUAGCUGGACUGCUCUUCCUUAUGGGAGGGACAUGCUGUAUCAUUUCCCUUUGCACGUGCGUGGCAGGGAUAAAUUUUGAGCUGUCUCGCUACCCUCGGUACGUUUACGGAUUACCAGAAGACAUCAGCCAUGGCUAUGGCUGGUCCAUGUUCUGCGCUUGGGGUGGCCUGGGACUGACGCUGCUGGCCGGAUUCUUAUGCACCCUCGCUCCCUCUCUCAAUACCCCUCGGACUGUUGUACAGAAACCCAGACAGGAAAAUGGAGCUGUGUGAUGUGGAGAAUACCAGCGAGUCUUAUUAGCCCACCGCCCGUUACCAGAACACAGUGUGGACAUUUUGAGAUCUGCAAACCAGGUUGGAACUAAGGGGUUGCUUUGGCAAAGUCCUGGAGGAAUGCCAGCCCGUGAUUCUUCUGUCUGCCUGUUUCUGAAUUCACAUCAACCGCCUGGGUUAAUUCUUAGUCCUGUUUUUUCUACGAGGCAGUUUUCUGUUAAAUAGGCUUGUGGUGCUAUAAGACCUGUUGAUCGUUUAAACGGCAUCAGCUUUUUCUUAGGAGCAGAAGCCAGUGUGAAUUCUGUUUGAUGCCAAGGAGUUUUAUUUCCAAGAACUGGAAGGUCAAUUAGAAGGGAAAGCCAAGGAAAACAAUCUGCCCAGUCCAGUCUCAGAACUGAUUCUCUUUUGAGCAGAGACCCAAUGCUGGAAUUGGCUCGUUACCCUGCAGAAAUCCUUGGUCCAGAUGAAGGCUUUAAACAUUCAAGAGAGGGAAAUAUUCUCAAAUCCAGGCUGUUCAGUAUCUGUAUCUUGUUAGUUCUGGAAGUCAAAUAUGCAUUAAGUACCUUGGAGUAAAGUGCGUAUUAGACCUUCAGAUGCUUAAAAGAAUAUUUCCACAAGGGGGCAAGUUGCAAUGAUGUAAUCACCCAAACAGUGGAACCAGUUCAAGGGUUGCACAAAUCUGAUGUGGUCCUUUGCUCCCUUGCAACGAUCUUGUUGACUGAAGUAAGACCCCUAUGUGCAUUUGCAAAGGGGGAAAAAAUCGCAAGUGAAGUGAGUCAGGGAGCCAGGGCCACUCUUCAAAUCGUGUAGCUGCUCUAAAAGGCAACCUAAAGAUUUAUGGUCCACUUUCAAUCCUUCCAGAAUACAGAAGAAACUUUGUUUUGGAAAAGGAGCACAGACCCUAAAAAUCUGACAUUUUCUCUUGUAACCCAUAAGGAGGCAUAACUCAUAAGAGGGAUCCACAGUAUACAGAUAAUUAACAAGCUGAGCCUAACUCAGGAACAUCAACAAUGGUGCUGAAGGGAAGCCCUGGUCUUUCCUCAUUGUACUUCUUUACUGUCUCCCCCAAAGACUGCACAGAACCCUUUGUUGAAGGGCUGUUUACAUUGUAUUUUGAAGUGGCAUGUAAUUAAUUACUCAGUGCUAAAGUUAAUGUAUUCAUGGCAAGUGUGAUUUUUAAAUGGAAGUUGUACAUUUCAAGAGGCAUUAAAUUAAAAGGCUUGGUUACGUUAAAAGAGCAAUUCUCUGGCUUUUGAUUUCUUCUACGUGUUACAGCUGCAAAACAAAACCCUGUUACAUCCUAUUUAGUAUCUCUACAGCAGUGGUUCCCAACCAGUGUGCCGCGGCACUAAGGGGUGCCGUGAGAUCUUUUGAGGGUGCCGGGAACUUUUGAGCUACGGAGAUUUUAAAUAUCUAUUUCCUUAUAAGGGUGCCGGGAACUUUUGAAAGGCUUUCCAAGGGUGCCUCAAACAAGAAAAGGUUGUGCCUCAAACAAGAAAAAGUUGGGAACCACUGCUCUACAGGAAUAAGGAAGCAUCAUGGGAUGAAAAGUAUCAGUCCUGGGAACCAAAUCUCAAGAUAAACAGGCAUUUGUAAUCAGGACCAAUUUGACAGCAGAAUAAGGAGCUGACUUUUCCUCCCCUCUUAAUGUUUUACAUAAUUUAUCUGACCAGGUAAGCAAACUGUAGUCUACCAAUUACAUAUGUACUCAACAUAACAAGUGAACAGAAGAGAAGCAGGAACUGAUGAUUUACUGUAAUACAUUGGAGGCUAUUUAGUGAGGAGCUAUCAGCCUACUUGUCAAUGAUAGCAUAUAUUCCAACAAAUCAGCAUUUUCACAUAAACUUAUAGAGUUAUUAUCUGUAAGAUGCCGCCAAAUGAAAAACAUUUAUGUUUUUCUAAUAAGAGUGAUUUUCAGAUAGGCAAUGAAAUUCAAUGGGCACCUAUAAAAGACUUUAAGAGAGCAAUGGUGGCACAGGGAUUAGAAUGCAUAUUGCAUGGUCUAUCAACGGCCAGCAGUUCAAUCCCAACAGGGUCAAGGUUGAUUCAAUCUUUCAUCCUUCUGAGGUCAGUAAAAUGAGGAUCCAGAUUGUUGAGAGAAAUAUGCUGGCUCUGUAAACUGCUUAGAGGGGGCUGCAAAGCACUAUGAAGUGGUAUAUAAGUCUAAAUGCUAUUGCUAAUCACCCUUCCAUAAUAAAAACAUCUAUAAAAAACAAUGUUCCAACCAUCACAAAAACAUGUUUUUAUAUCCUUAAAAGACAAUUUAAGGGUUUAACCAUAAAAGGAAUGAUUGUAGACUUAGAGGCAACUGAAUUUUCUUGUUUUCCUUGAAAAUGUUUCUCUUCCCCAGUUUGUUUUCAAGAGAAAAAACCAAAGAAGUCCAGUUGCCUUUUGAAAAGCAUGUUUGAGAGCACCAUGACCUGGAUAACUGAGACUCUCCCUAGGGACUUAGGGAGUACUAAGGUCCUGUCAAAAAGUGAUUGAACUGAUAGGAAAGGGCACCCAUAAAGCUACGAUAAAAAGGAUUAAAGAAAUUUUAAAGAAAAUGAGAUCACUUGUUCAAGAAAAAGGGAGAAUCAAGAGGAUCAGUUGUUUCCAAAAUGCCAGAUAUUACUUUAAAAAUGCAAUAGAUGUUAGAUAUAUCUUGUGCGUCAAAUCUGAGAAAGUGCUAUCAAAUCACA